AUGCGUGAGAUCCUUCACAUACAGGGAGGCCAAUGCGGGAACCAGAUCGGUGCCAAGUUCUGGGAAGUGGUUUGCGCCGAGCACGGAAUCGAUUCGACGGGGAAGUACAAAGGGGACAACGAUCUGCAGCUCGAACGAGUCAAUGUGUACUACAACGAAGCGAGUUGCGGGAGAUUCGUUCCACGCGCCGUCCUGAUGGAUCUGGAGCCCGGGACGAUGGACAGCGUCAGAUCCGGUCCGUACGGACAGAUCUUCCGCCCGGACAACUUUGUCUUCGGCCAGUCCGGUGCCGGUAACAACUGGGCGAAAGGACACUAUACGGAGGGGGCUGAACUGAUUGACUCGGUCCUCGAUGUUGUCCGCAAGGAAGCCGAGAACUGUGAUUGCUUGCAAGGAUUCCAAGUGUGCCACUCGUUGGGUGGAGGGACGGGGUCGGGGAUGGGUACAUUGCUCAUUUCGAAGAUAAGGGAAGAGUACCCAGACCGGAUGAUGCUGACUUUUUCUGUGUUCCCCUCACCGAAAGUGUCCGACACUGUUGUUGAGCCAUACAAUGCUACACUCUCUGUCCAUCAGCUUGUAGAGAAUGCCGACGAGUGUAUGGUCCUCGAUAAUGAGGCUCUCUAUGAUAUUUGCUUCAGAACUCUGAAGCUCACCACUCCAAGCUUUGGAGACUUGAAUCACCUGAUCUCUGCCACCAUGAGUGGCGUCACUUGCUGCCUUCGGUUCCCUGGUCAGCUUAACUCCGACCUGAGGAAGCUUGCCGUCAACCUGAUCCCCUUCCCUCGUCUACAUUUCUUCAUGGUCGGGUUUGCGCCUCUCACAUCUCGUGGGUCCCAGCAAUACCGAGCCCUCACAGUCCCCGAGCUGACCCAGCAGAUGUGGGAUGCGAAGAACAUGAUGUGUGCAGCCGACCCUCGCCAUGGCAGGUACCUCACGGCCUCAGCCAUGUUCAGAGGCAAGAUGAGCACCAAAGAAGUGGAUGAGCAGAUGAUCAACGUGCAGAACAAGCUCGUCCUACUUUGUGGAAUGGAUCCCAAACAACGUGAAAUCGACGGUGUGUGACAUCCCGCCGACGGGUCUGAAAAUGGCAUCGACGUUCAUAGGGAACUCAACCUCGAUACAGGAGAUGUUCAGGAGGGUGAGCGAGCAGUUCACGGCUA